AUCUACUAAGCAUAAUCUCAAAACAUUGAACCCCAAAAGAGUCUAGAGAGGUCGUCAUGGCGCAGAGUAUCACUACAUUGGUUAUGCUCAUAGAGAUAUUGUUUCUGGUAAAUUAUGUGAGUCAAAUCGCCACAACCGCAGCGGAUAACGACGGAGAUGUGAUUCACGUAGCCGGAAAAGUGAUGUGCCAAGACUGCACUCUUAACUACGACAAAUGGAUCAACGGCUCUGAACCCAUCAAAGGGGCUGUGGUAUCAAUCACUUGUAUGGACGAGAGGGAAAGAGUGAGGUACUAUGGCAGCGACAAGACCGACGAGAGAGGCCAGUUCGAUCUUAUCCUUGACAAAGUCCUCUACGGCGGCAAGAAUCUUAAGCCUAAACUUUGUACCGUCAGGCUCGUGUCCUCUCCUGACAAGUCAUGUGAUAUCCCAACCGAUUUUGGUAAUGGUCAAAGUGGAGUGAAGCUAGUUCAGCCGUUCAGGGUUUUCAAGGAUCUGGUGAAGUUUGUGGUCGGACCGUUUUACUAUACCACCCCCAUGUGUGAGACUCCUAAAUAUGAAAACAACUAUUAGACUUGGAUGGUUUGACUUUUGAUUAAGGUCAUUUAAAUUGACUGGUCCUUUGCCAUAUAUAUAUUUCUCAAAAAUGUAACUUGACAUGUUUUUUUCUUCCUUAAUUGUGUUGAUUCUUGUAAAUGUAAAAUUAUAAUUCUUACAAAUCAUACACUUUAAUCAUAAUAUGUAUGUUUUAGUUUGUAUUCCAACAAUGGUUUAAAAUAUCUUUUUCAUAAUAUCAUAAAUUAUACUAAUUUUGUAAUUUGUUCCCUGUUACUAAAUAUGUUCGAUCAAAAUUUUAAAUCUUGGAUUUGGAUUUAAUUUAGUAUUGUAAUAUUGAAAACGAGUUACACAGGUUAUUCUAACUGAGUAAUAGCCUUUUCGCCACCAUCAUUUUACUUUAUUUCAAGUUAUAGAAAUCAAUGUUUUAAGAGCUACACAAACAUUUUUAGCUAAGAUAGCUGCCUCAAAUAUUUCGUGUUCGAGGUAUAAACGUAAACGUAACCAAACUGAAAAAUUGAGUGAGAGCUUGAAUAUCUGCGAGACUGCGAGUCACUUAAAACCAGUUUUGCACGAUUCAAUUAAAUUGAACAUAGAUGUUGUGUAGUGCUAGUUGCAUAGAUUUGUUUUUAAGGCGAUAUAUUUAUAUUUGGUGUUAAAAAGGUAAAUCACUCCAAUGAGAUAUGGAAACAGUUUUUGACAAAAGAAACUUGGACUAACAAUUCUCUAAACAUAUUAGACACUUCAUGACAAAAUAAACU